GACAAAAAGUCAAGAUUAUUAAGUCUCCUUGAAGGUGCAAACUUUAAAUCUUGGAGAUUGAUUCACAGUUCUCAAUUUUUGGCACAUGUCAUUGUUGGCAUCUCUUGUCUUGUGCCAUUGUGUUGCCAUCGAGCAUAUAAAGCGGGUCAGAUAUCUAUUCUAUCACUCUAUCAGAAAGACAUCUCCAAUCUUUGUGAUUUCUAUUCAGGGCUUUCUUUAGGCCUUUUUAUAUUAGCAAACUCUUAUUUACACAAAAUGGAUCUCAAGCAGAUCUUUUACACCUCUUUCAUCGUGGCCCUUCUUGCUGCAGCGUUUUCCGCUGUUCCACGAUCCAUAACGGUACCUAGCUUCUUUGCCAGAAACUCCUGUCCGCAGCCACGAUACAUAGUCCGCACCUUGUCAUAUGAUCCACUUAUCCAACAUAUUGAGAAUUUUAUCACUUCUCAAGAGGCGGAUCAUCUGCUCAAAAUUGCAAAGUCUAAAUUCCGACCCUCUCGUGCCGUCAGAACUGAUGGUCAGGCUGUAGCUACACAUGAGCGAACCAGCUCCACUGCAUAUCUGCCUUCGGACGACCCUGUCGUCCAAUGCAUUAGGUCCAGAGCUUCAGAGUAUCAGGGUUACGUUGACCUUGAGAUGAUGGAGAGCCUGCAAGUGACACGAUAUCUAGAAGGGCAGCAGUAUACGAAUCACUACGACUGGGCAACCGACCCUGCCGCGAGAAAUCAAACAACGAAUAGGGAGACCACUUUUUUUGCCGUGCUUGAUGUGGAGUGCUCCAGCUGUGGGACUCGUUUUCCCAAGAUCUCAGUAGACUGGGCCAUCGAGGAUCAAAGAUGGUGCAAUUUUGUCGAUUGCAAGGCUAUCCACGAGUUAACAGUACGCGGGGUUGUCGGUAGUGCUGUGUUUUGGAGAAAUCUCCAUUCCAAUGGAACUGGGGAUACGCGCACGCUGCAUGCUGGGCUUCCCGCUCUGGGCGGGAGAAAGGUGGGGUUGAAUAUCUGGACACGUCGAGAGGUUUAGUCCUGCCACUUACAUCCACGGAGAAGGCCGUUAUCUCGUUCUCUCAAGGUUUUUUUUUACACUUCGAUUUUUCGCAAUUUUGUAAUCACCGACCUUUUGUUUUCGUACUAGGCAUAAGCGAAGGCCUAUGCUGACUACAUUGUGAGUACGUUCGUAAGCAAACGAAUUAACAAAAACUCAAUCAAAGUACUUUGUAGUUGUCGGCCGGAGGCUUGGGCCUGGUGGGCCAAUGAUUAUGCUUACUUCAUUAAAUUAAAGUAUAUUGAAGCA